CACCACCUCGCCUCCAGUUUGGCAUUUUAAGCAAGUACAGCUCUCAACCGCACCUCUCCUUCUUUCAGAUUAAGGAUGGAGGAGGAUUCCUUCAGCCCCUCAGCUCUGCUUCCGGCGGCCAACCUCUCCGUGCCCACUUUGCCGAGCUGGAGUCUCAACCUGACUUCGGGACAGGGAGACUCUGUCCCGGGACCGCAGCCACCGCCACGCGGGCCACCCAGCCACCGGAUCCACCUGCUCUUCAUAGGGAUCAUCCUGGUGACCGCGGUGGCGGGCAACACCACGGUGCUAUGCCGCCUAUGCGGCGGCAGCAGCCGGCCCUGGCCGGGUCCCAAGCGUCGCAAGAUGGACUUCCUGCUGAUGCAGCUAGCAGCAGCCGACCUGUAUGCAAGCGGGGGCACUGCGCUGUCGCAGCUGGCUUGGGAGCUGUUGGGCGACCCACGUCCAGCUCUGGGCGACUUGGCUUGCGGCUUUUCGCAGCUGCUGCAGGCAUCCGGGCGGGGCGCCUCAGCCCACCUGGUGGCGCUCAUCACCCUCGAGCGCCAGCUCGCGGUGCGCGGUCCUCAGGGUCCGCAGCUGUCCGCGCGUGCCCUGGCUGUCCUGGGCUGGCUGCUGGCUCUGCUGCUGGCGCUGCCGCCUACCUUCGUGGUGCGUUGGGACGCUCCUCUGUCUCCAGCUGCCAGCGCCUGGCCGGGAGAGCAUGGUUGCGGGAGCAUCUUUCCGCCCCUGCCGCGCUGGCACCUGCAGGUCUACGCGCUCUACGAGGCUAUCAUGGGUUUCGCAGCACCAGUCGCUAUCAUGGGCAUCUCUUGCGGCCACCUGUUGUGUGUCUGGUGGAAGCGCGGGUCUCAGGCUCGGGUAGCCAGAGCGCCCUGGUCGGCCAGUCCAACCCGAGGCCCCUUGCCCAGUGCGCUGCCCCGGGCCAAGGUGCAGAGCCUGAAAAUGAGCCUGGCGUUGGCUCUUCUCUUCGUGGGCUGCGAGCUGCCCUACUUCACCGCCCGCUUGGCGGCCGCCUGGUCGUCGGGGCCCCCGAGUGGCUGGGAGGGAGAGGGCCUGGUGGUAGCGAUGAGUGUCGUUGAAGUGGCCAACAGCGCCCUCAACCCUUACGUCUACCUCUUCUUCCAGGCGGGGGACUGCCGGCUCUGGCGGCGGCUACGGAGGCGCCUGGGAGUUGUGUGCUGCGUGCGGGAGGGAGAAGCUGAGAUCCACGAGGGGUCUGGGGAGCACCAGGCACUCCACCGCCACCGCUGGCCCCACCCCCAUUAUCACCAUGCCCGGCGGGAGGACCGGGACCAGGGUUGCCAACGCCCACCCCCACCACGUCCCAGACCUCUUCCCUGUUCCUGCGAAAGUGCCUUCUAGCAGUUGCUGCACAGUCAGGUCGUUUGUCACUGUGGCACAGUCUCCAGGCAACACAGGCAGAAGAGGUCUGCCUAAAUCUCAAAGAGUCGAUCUGUCUCCAGGAACCACUGAAGCUACCGCUUCCAUCAUACUGUCCUGUUUUUCCUUCUAAUAAUGGCAUGUCUUUCGCCUCCAGUUUGUUUUCU